ACAGUCGAUCGGUCGUGUCCGAACUUACUGUGAUACUAUUGAAAUUUCCACGCAAAAGAAACAAAUAUACCAAAUAGUUAUAAUAAUAAUAACAACAUUAAUAUAGCCGGUGUCCGAAUUUCUCGUGUCUCCGAUGUCCGUCGUUGCACAUCUCGUGGUCAAUCGUUAUUCCUAUACACAGGCGCUUUAACGCAAUUCGAAAAUUUAGUUUUUUUUUUUCUUUUUCCCGGUCGUUUUACCAGGUAUCAUGUACCAUCCAAACAGCAAUAAUCGCAUAAUGUACCGCCUAUUAUGGUUGCAUUUCGCGUUUUACUGUUUGGCUCAGGUGACCCGCAUAUCGUCCGCCAACGUAAAUUCCAGUGAGUUCGAUAAAUGCGAGAAGAUUAUCCCCCAGGAAAAGAUCACAAUGACGAAGGUACGUAACCUUACCUUGGAAAAUCAAAAAAAAAAAAAAAUCUCCUAAAAUAGCAUCUACACAAUAUUUCUUUUCAGAAAUAGUGCCACGAGUAUAUAUCGGAGCUAGAUUUCUGGUAGAAAUUUUUGUCGUCGUAUAAAAAAAAAAACAUUUUUGUAAAACCAAUACAUUCUUCGCUAUACUCAGAUCUAAAACAUAAUGUCAAAUAAUGUAUUGAUUUUAUCUAUAAUAUCUACUUCUGGACUAAUGGUUAUGCAAAUGCAAUUGUAAGUCCACUACUCUCGGAGAGGGGAAAAAGCUAACAACCCAAUCAGCCCCCUUCAGGGACGUGCCUGUGUUUUUCCUGUUUUUUCUCGGCUUUAUCCAUUUAAUAUGGAAACAAGUAAGAUAAUCAAAAAAUUACCUCCGUCAAGUACCACGUCAGUCAUAUUUCGUUUUAGAAAAAGUACUAUACUAGAAAAUCGGAACAAACUUGCUGAUAAAAAAGUUGUCUACAGAAAAAUAAAUAGAUAUCAUUGUUAAACCAAUACUUUCCUCUCUCCGCUCAGAAUAUAACAUUUGCUAAAAAUAAUAAUUUUAUCUGAGAUUACGACGCCCUAAGAUACCAUUAGAUUUCACCGGUGAAAACAAUUUUUCUCAAAUUUUUGUUGUUGUUUAAUAACUGUUAGGUUUUAUUGGUAACUGGGAUUCUGACGUUUGAGAGCAGUGAAAUUAUAGAUAAUUUAGGCGUGAUUUGGAAGUAGUUUAAUUAUAAACAAUUAUUACAAUAUUUAUUUAUUUUUAUAUUCUACAAGCAGACAUAAUUCGCACAAUGGGUGGGCCACUGUUGUAAGUAAAAAGUUGGAAACGUAGGGAGAAUUCUUAAUGUACAUCUGUACGCAAUGACUAACAUUGCUAACGAAAAACGAUUCUGAACGAAGUUCGUCUAUACAUAUUUAGAUAGGCCAUAAUAUUUACAAUUUUCUCGUUUUUCCUAAGGUUUUUCUUGGUUUUUCCAUUUAUUGUGAAAACCCUGUUAGAAUCGAUGACGACCCGGGAAAUAUUGCAUUAAUUUUUUCCCUUUUGCCUAAAUAUGAAAAACUAAAUGCAUUUUAGGUGAGCAUAGAGACCUUAACCCGGUCUAUUUUAAUUAAAAUAUACACUUAGAUUUGUUGUACACAAUUUUCUACCAGAAAUCUUGCUCUAAUGUAUUAAGUGUAACAUAUUUUCCGAAAGUCAAUUUUUACUACGAGGUACUAGGAAGUCAUUUUUUGACCUUCCCAAGAGUUUUUCCAAUAAUUGGAAAAGCUAUAGGAAAAACGGAAAAUGUACGCAAUUUAGGUAAUAUGGUAAUAAAAUAUUAUGGCCUUUUUUUUCCUGUGAACAACUUAAAUACUUGCAAUUUUGCUUCGUUUUAUACUGAAAGCACUUUCUCUAAAAAAAAAAUCUGACUGAAGUGGUACUUUACAGAGGUUAUUUUUUGAUAUUCCCAGGAGUUUCCUAACAAAUCGGAAAACCGGAAAAUAAAUACAAUAAUAUACAAAUAUUAUUAAAAAAACUAUAUAAUGAAAAAAAAACGGAAAACCGGAAAAUAAAUACAAUAAUAAACAAAUAUUAUUAAAAAAACUAUAUAAUGUAUAUGUGUUAUUAUUUUACCAUAAUAUGACAUAUAUAUUGUUACCAAAGCAAUACUAUUCGCCGAACUCUGCUCAGAAUAGUUUUUUAUUAGCAAUGUUUAAUCGUUGUGAACAGAUAUAUGUUUAAUUUAUCUUCUAUUUCCUCAACUUCACACCUAUUACAGUGGCACACUGAUGUUCGAAGUAGGUCCGUCUUUUUUUGCGGUUUUACUCAGUUAUCAAAAAAACUUCUGGGAAAAUUUAAAAAAGACCUCAUUCACGCCAACUAGAAUAAAAAUUUAACCAAAAAUAUAUUUUGUUGUUUUUCUAUUUCAAAAAUAUUUCUUUUAGAAAAAAAAAAAUUAGUUUAUUAACUUUAAAUAUUUCAAUAAUUCGAUAUCAUGGAAUUAUUGUUGAAUAACUACUCUAAAUUCGAAUCUGAUACUUAUACACAUAAGGAAUAGUAAAACCAAUGUAAAAUAUUUCAAUUCAAUAGUGUAUAGUAUCGGAAAAAAAAAAGAAAUUGAGAUUGUAGGUUGCUGAAAAAAUUUCAAUGCAUAUUUGUAAACGACGACAACCAAAUAAUAUAGAUAUAUUAUAGUAAUAAACGUAAUAGAAUCGUUUAUUAAUUAUAAUAAUUCUUGUUCCAUUCACGUUUAUUAACUUCAAGUGGCUACAAUUAGCAUAAAUUCUUAUAUAUGUACAAAUAAUAUUCAAGCAGAAUUAUAUUUUUUAUUUAUAUUCGUUAGUAGUGGCGUGUUCGGUUUUUUCCUAUAGAGGGGAUGAACUGUAUUUUUUUUGGUGAUAGUCAUAUACAUAAAUUUACAAAAUGUACUUAUUAGUUAUUGGUAUAUACAUUGAUAUUUUAGGAUUAGGUAGUUAGGUAUAAAUUACAAUGUUAGUAUAUAAAUAUAAUAUACAUAUACCUAUUUUAGAUUCUAAGUUUAGCGAAGAAUGUAUUGGUUUUACAAAGAUAUUUAUUUUUUAUUUUUUAUACUGUGUAAAAAAAUUCUACUAGAAAUCUUGUUCAGAUGUAUACAAUGUAGACCCUUUUCUAAAAGGAAAUUUUCUUGGGGUGGUACUAAAGAGAAGUAAUUUUUUAGUUUUCUCGGCAGUUUUCCCAAUAAAAGAAAAACUGGGAAAAAAUGUUAGAAAAACAGGAAAUUUACGAAAAUAACGCUUUUAUUAUUAUUGAAAUAUUGUAAUUUGUUGUAAUUCAGUUUAAAAUAUUCGUAGACUUGAAAUUUGAACAGAAAACUUAUAUUUGCCUUUUAUAGACAUGCUAAAAUUUUCCAAAAAAUGUAAACCAUUUUUGAACUAUUUUUUAGACCUUUUAAUUUUGAGAGUUAUGUACUCAAUUUUUAUUCGGUAGGUACUCUGUGGUAAAAUUAUUAGACUUAAUAGAAAUGCUUGGAAAUUUUACAGGAGGUUCAUUAAAAGUCUUACUUUGUGGUAAAAAGUGAAAAUUUGAGUUUAAUGUAGUAUUUUUUUCAUAAUGGAAUUUUAAUGUCACAUUUUGAUGAAAAUCGUCUGAUUAAAAAAUUUUGUGAAAUAAAUCUAAUUUAAGAAUUUUUAUUUUGAACAUAUGUACAUAUAUGUCCGAUAUAAGAACGAUGGUGAUAUCCGAAUUAAACGGACUAAGUAAAUUUUGAAAUUAUAUAUAUUUGAAGUUCUGAUAUGAUGCGGAUAUUAUAUUUUAUGUUAAAUAACUCUAUAUUGUCAUCUCUAGAGUAUGUUUGUCGUAGCCGAAUGGUUAUUCAUACCUAUAGUUUCAUCCUAAAGUUUGCGAGUUCAAACCCGUAUUUUGAAAAUAAAUGUUUUGCACUUAUUUUUUCCCUUUUACCUAAACAGGGAAAAAACAAAUACAUUUUAGGUGUACCUAGAGACCCAGCUAUCGCUCGCUCGGACUAUUUUAAUCGAAAAAUUUCGAUUUGUUGUGCAAACUUUUCUACAAGAAAUCUUGCUCCGAUUUUGAAGUGUGGAACUUUUUCUGAAAGAAAUCGCACUGAGGAAGUACUAUAGGAAGGCCGCCUUUCGAUUUGCUUAGGAGUUUUUUCAAUAAAUAGGUUGAAAUGGGAAAAUGUAUGAAAUGUAGGUAUUAGUUAAGAAAUAUUACGGCAUUUUGUUUCCUGUGAAUAAUUUUAUUACCAACUAUUUCACUCUGAAAAUAGGUAGGUACAAAUAGUAUAAGAGUUUAAACUAUGAAAUUUAAAUGAAGGGCUGUAUUAUGCAAACUUCCCAUCAUCACACUUUGUAUUAUUUACAGAGCUUUACAUUUUUUCCAACAUUUGCCAAAAAAUUUGCAGCAGUGUCCAACAAACCCAUGUAAACAUUGUUGGAUGUAAACAUUUUUUAAUCAUUAAAGCAAAGUGUGGUAUUGUCUAUGUACUUGGCACCAAAAUUUUAAAAGUUGAAUAACUUUUUUCAAAUUUUUACCAGCAAAUUUCAAAAACUUUCCAAGAAGUCAAAAUAGAGAUUGAAUGAAUGUUUUUUUUUUAAGUUUUUGCGAACUUUAUGGUAUUAGCUUUUUAUAGGUUCUUUAGGUAAUUAUAAAAUAUUGUGCACUAUAAGGAAAUCUAUAACCAUUAAUAGUGUGAGAAAGUUUAACAAUAAAGAUAUCAACAUUCUAACAUUGUUAGAAAUAAUAUGGUUUAAAGUUUAGGUGGUAUUCAACUCCCUUCAUAUGCGACAGUAUUAGUUAUCCCUUAUUUAAAAAGUAAGUAAUCGAUAACAGGCAUAAUAUGUGUAAUAUCUACAAUUUUGACGAUAUUCCGUUUUUGUCUUCGAAAAUCGCCAAUUAGAUUUGUUCGGCCCUAUUAGUUAAUAUUUGUUUUACCGUGCUUAUAUUGUCUCAUAAAAAGUAUCUUUAUACGUAUUUUAAUGAAAAAUAAUGAGUAAUAAAUUCAAAUGCCAAUCAGAAAAAGUCCAAAAAUUAUAAAAAAUGUAAUUUAUUAUUGUUUUCAGGUAAAUGGAAGAUGGUAUGUGAUUGAAAUCUUUCAUCACAAAUUAAUCAACAAUCAAAAUUGUUCACCUUACCCCAGGGAAAUCCCAUUGGAAUUGAUCUGCUGCCCUUAUAUAGAAUUGUCUGUUAACAAACACAAUUUAUCGGACCUGAAACUUCUGUGGGUGGACGAAAAAGGUGAAAUUGAAUAUCGAUUCAAAAUCAAUGAUAUGAAUUCCCCCGGAACAUGGAUAUCGAGUGGAGCGCAAAAUGGUAAAUGUAAAUGAAAAGGGCUGGUGUAUUGCUGAAGGGUAUGUCACUGUUUAAAGAGGGAAAUUAGAAGGAAGAGUAUGUAGAGUAAUUAAUUUAUAUUUGUACGAAUUUAACCAUUGCUAUCGAAAAACAUUUUUGAACAGAUUAUUAUUAUUAUUAGUUAUAUUAUGUUUUCUUUGUUGGUAAGAUAAUUUAAAAAUUAUCGAAAAUUAUACGAAACAUUGCGAGUUUUACCAUUUAUUAAAGGAACAACAAGGAAGAUAAAACAAAUGGCUUAAAUCACAAUACACCAACUAAACUUUGGGAUGUUAUUUUAACGAUAUAUACGAAGUAUUACGCUGAGGGUAAGCCUAUAAAACUUGCGGUCUGUCACAGGUUCAAUGGUAGAUAAGUGCUAUAAGCAAUUCGCGGGCACAGUGUUUGUUCGAAAGGCGGUCAACGACCACAUGUGGUUGCAGUUCUGUUCGCCCAACACUUAUCUCUACAGCGUGGUGAUGGCUCGGGAACAAUUGCUGGAUCAGAAGGUGGUGACAAGCAUCGUAAAAAUCAUGGAUUUCCAAAAAUUACCAAUUACGCUGAGGACGCAGACGUGCGGGAGUUCUUCGUCGACUACGCGGGCCACGGUCUGGCUGACGGUCGCGGUCACGGUUCUCUGCUUCCGCCUCUACAAAACCGACUAAGGCGUCUUGGAUAGGCCCGGGAUUGACGAAGAGUCUCGUCCGAGAAAUGAGAACGAAUACACAUACAAACACACACACACACACACACAUACUCAUAAUACCGUAUAACACUAUAUAAUAUUUAGUUACAAAAUGGCGUUAUUAGAAUUUCGUCAGGGAACUAUAAACAUUUUAACAAAAUACAUUUCUUUUUUAUAUCUUACGGUAAAAUAAUUAUAAAAACUAAAUUCCUGUUAUUUUUUUCCAUAUGGAUGGAUAUGAAUUCGUCCACCUCACUGCAUCAUCUUCACUUACAUCGUCUAACAACAAUUUGUAAUUUCUUUGUCGCGGGGACGGCUGAUAUCUGCUGUUGAAAAGUUUUUUUAAAAAAAAUAAAAGUACCAAAUCAAAAAAACUAGAAACCUUUUUAGUAGGGUAUUGGAAUUGUAACUACAAUUAAUUUAGAUAAAUAUUAUCUAAUACCGAACUUUACUGCUCACGGGUGUCAUAAGUAAAUAAUUUAUAAUGAAAUUAUAAUUUUUAACAACGUCAAUGGAUGAAUUGUAAGCGGGAAGAGAAUAUUAUUUUAAAAUCUUUUAAAUCGAGUUUAUUUUUGUGAACAAUUUUUGUUGAAACAUAUUUCUUGAUCUGAAUAUAAUUUUACUAUUUUUUUUUAUUUAUCAAAACAAUGUGCAAUUCUACUAAAAUAAGUACAAUUUGACCUUACUCACUCUUUUAAACUUGCAAUGGGGUACCCAGAAAAAUGUUUAAAUUUCUUUUCGUUAUUCUUUACUCCUGGAUACACUACUAGGAGAGUACAACUCUUGUGCCAGAUAAAAAUGAUACAGUCUAUUUUCAAACGGAUUUUCUUCUAUAACAGAAAUCUAGAACGAUGGUUUAGGGUAUUUGUUUGAACUUUCAAUUGAUCGCUCUGUACUCCCAAAGGAAAUUUCUUAAGUUCCACACCAAAGUACAAGUGUAAAUAGAUUUUUAAAUACUACUGGAAAUUUCUUAUGUAUCACUGCCACCGCUGCAUGCCAAACGCGAAUUUGAAUAGGUUUGUGGUCACAACCCCGUCACCGUUUCCCGUCAGACAUAUCCCCGUCCAAUAAACCUCAAACAAACAAACCCAAAUUGUAUUUUAACAAAUUGUAUAAUAUAGGUAUAAUUAAUAUAAGAUUAGAAGAUCUGUAUAUAUAUUUUUUUUUUAAACUAAAAUAAAAUAAUUUAUUGUCUGUUGAUAUCAUUGUAUGAAUGAGUCGCGGCCGGUUUCACUGUAUUUGGCUUAUGCGAAAACAUAUUAUCUAUAACAAUACCGACAUAAUUUAGAUAAAAGCAGUGGCGUAGUAGGUACAUAAUAGUGUUAUGGUACUUUGUUAUAAACAGUCUUUCAGCAAUCAUCGUUCUUAUAAUAAUAUAUUUGUCCGUUGGUUUUCUUAUUCGGUCUUGUGUAUUAAAUAUUUUAUUCGAAUUUUAUUUUUUUUUUUAAUUUUUUUUUUUUAUUUCGAAGUGUCAAUUAUUUAUUAUGGAUACGUAAAAAUUGAAAUACUUGCAGUUUUAGUUUUAAAAAAAAAAAGUUUAAGGUUAAUUGGACGGGGAUAUUUAUCGGACUGGGAUAUGUUUGACGGGGAAAAGGCGACGGGCAUGUGCUACCUUCGAAUCAUCCCUUCAAUACUAUUAAAUUUCCGUUCUCGUCUAUACUUUUGCUCAAUUUAUCGGAUGUCCGUAUCAUACAUUAUUAUUUUUAAUAAUAUUCAUUUUUUAUAAAAAAUAUAUUAAUGCUUCGAUUUAAACGCGAACAAUACAGUUUUAUUUACACACGUCAAUAUAUAUUAUGUAUUAUUUUAUAUACUUAUAAAUUACAAACGACUAUACUAAUACGCUAAUAGGUUUUACUGUAGGUGUGUAAGAAUUCGGUGGAAAGCCCGCAGAGCCCUUGGUUUAUAACAAAAAAUUGACCAACCAAAGGAACCAUUUUGCAACUCUUUUAAUGUUCUACCGAAUCAUGUAUACGCCGGGUGUGUACCCGCUAGCACUUUUAAGUUUACUUAGUCGCCACUUUUACUACUUUUAUUUAUAUUCAUAUGGAUGAUGGAACAUCUGAGAUUAAUAGAUUCAAAAACUACUAGACCGAAGUAUUGCAAAAUUAAAGUAUUGAAUCUUCGAUCCGUUAAGCUGUUAUCAAAUUGUUGUUAGAUUUGAUGGUUCUAAUUAUUGUUUUAUGAUUCUAAACUAAAUACAAAAUUGUUUGCGGAACUGAUAGAUUUUUUUGACUCGUUAUUUUGCAUAAUGUCAGUAACUUUUAAACAAAAAUAAUGCAAUAACUGAUUCAAGAAUUCAAAUAACGUUUUGAAUUUAUUCAACAUUUUUAAAAUAAUAUAUAACUGCUACUAACCAACUACCCCAUCGAGUAAUGGUUAUCUCACGUGAAAAGCACAAAUUAGGAUAUAUUAACUCUUUAAAUUUAAGUUAGAAAUUAAUUCCAAGAAUACUACGAGAAACUCUUAAUAACACUCUUAUUACAGUUGCGAUUAAUGAAUAUUAACGAAAUAUGUAUUUUUUGGUAAAAUAUUUAAAUAUAUAUAUCAUCAAAUGUGAACACAUUACGUAAAUAAAAAAGUUUUAUUUUAUUCGGU